AUGGCUACAGCAUUAAAUUAUGGGUCGAAAACACCAAUUCUUCGUAGGCCGAGAAAUUUUCAAUGGUGCUGGAAUUUAUCUGAUAACUUACCAAACUGUGACCCAGAGUCAUGGGAAAAAUACAGUGAUAUUGAAAAUGAAAUCAUCGAAGACGCUUUCAUGGACGGAAAAACAGAAGUUGAAAUUGACGGUGAUCGUUUAGUUGACUUAGGUUAUAUGCUAGAUUACACAAAAUCGGACAAGUCUAAUAAAGGCUGUGGUGACAAAACAUUUUCGGCAGUCGUCGAAGAUGCGUCAACGGGAAUUAUCACCGAAGGUACUGCCUUAGGAAAACAACGCGAAGCAGAAUGGUUAGCUCAGCAAUUAUUAGCAGUAAAACAUCAUGGGACAGCACCUAAACGAGAAAGUUUGGCUCUGCCUGAAGUGAUUGGUGAAACUUGUAUUUUUCUCUAUACGCGAGAUAGCUUUUGGUUCAAGUUAAUAAAUAAAGUUCUUCGCACUUCCAGAGAAUUUACCGAAGAACAUGUGAAAACUCUUGGUCCAUUUUGUUAUCUUUUGCAUAAAGCUUUGAAGGAACUUGCAGAUAACACAACAAAGAUAGUUUAUCGUGGAGUAAAUCUCAGUGAUGCUGAAAGAGCAGAAUAUACAUCAGGCCGUGAAAUUCAGUUUUAUUCGUUUGUAUCGACAAGCAAAAAUCGAGCUCUAGCAGAGAUUUAUGGAAAUACUCUUAUGAUUAUAGAUUUACGGGAAUACCAACCAGAUGAUCCAGGUAGCACUCCAGAGAAAAUGCUCCGUAGCCGUACAGCUUACUGCGGAGCUUCAAUUGCUCAUCUUUCAAAUUUUACAGAAGAAGAAGAAUUUUUAAUAUGGGGAUUUGGAUUGCCGGUAUUUGUGAUUAAAAAGAUAAUAUUUAUUGGUAGUUAUGAACGUGAAGAUCAACUUACAGAAUGA